AUGGCGGUAGGAAGUGGGUCUGGCCAGCCCGCAAUCAUACUGAUCACAAGCCCGGCCCCGCCAGCUCCUCCAGCUCCUCCCGCACCUCCGGCACCCCCUGCGCCUCCGGCGCCACCUGCGCCCCCUGUGCUUCCCCCGGGCUUCGUUGACUGGCGCACCACUCCUCCUUUGGACCCGCUUGAGGAGGAGGGGUUUCCUGAACACGUCGCUGAGGAUGGUGAGAAUGAGACGAAUGCCGAGAACGAGAACAUGGAAGACGACGUCGGGGAUUUCCAGAUCCCUACGUUUCCGGAUGACUUGAUCCACAACGAAAACGGGCCUCGCUCCAACGUUGACGGUGCUCCAGCAGUUCACAGCGCCCGCAAGACUAACCACCGUCGCACUGCGCGAACCAUGGACGUGCACGUCGCCCCUGAGGUGGAGGAGUGGGUGAACCCACUGUUCGCCACAGCCGCGGAGGAUGAGGAGGCGGCAAAGGCUGUGGAUGCUGAGGAUGCCGGGGACCUGGAGGAGGAGGAGGAGGAGGAGGAGGAGGAGGAGGAGGAGGAGGAGGAGGAGGAGGAGGAGGAGGAGGAGGAGGAGGAGGAGGAGGAGGAGGAGGAGGAGGAGGAAGAGGAGGAGGAGGAGGAGGAGGAGGAGGAGGAGGAGGAGGAGGAGGAGGAGGAGGAGGAGGAGGAGGAGGAGGAGGAGGAGGAGGACGACGACGACGACGACGAUGUGGAUGACGAGGAAGAGGAGGCAGAGGGUGGGCUGGAGGAGGACGCGAACGCUAAGUGCUUGAUGGAAUCUAACAUGACAAAGCCGUAG